GAAUGUAUGACUCCCGAUCAAAUCGCCCAGAAAAACCAGGUGCCGAGCCGGAGUAAUUUCUGAGCCUUCCAGGACUUCAACACCUUCGCGGGAAAAAUAUUGCCAAUCCCCGCCUCCGGCGAGUUCCAAGACGCUUUGGCGCGAGUCUACGGCGUGUUAUUUCUCUCGUUCCCCAUCCAGUUAAGAGAGGCUGCUGCUGUUGCGGCCCCUCCGAGUGGCAACUUAGCGAUCAGCAUGGAUCCCUUCGGUCUGCAGGGCAACCUUCCAGGAGAAAAGAAAUUUCCAGCAUUCCGGAACACAAAACUGAUCCCCAUGGAAACCUCUUCAUCCUCUGAUGACAGUUGUGACAGUUUCGGCUCUGAUAAUUUUGCAAACACAAAACUGAACUUGAAGCCAGAAGUUGCAAAAGAAGUGGCAAAAAUCUUUUACGAGGGCUCAGAUGACGAAUCAUUUUGUGGUUUUUCAGAAAGUGAGAUUCAGGAUGUGUUGAAACUGGAGACAGAUUCUGAGGAAAAUGACAUGAGUGACAAAGAUAAAUCUUCAUGCAAGAGACCACGGAGGUGCUCUGUUCCUCUUAAAGUUGCUAUGAAGUUCCCACUUCGAAGGUCUAAGAGAGGGAAGAGCGAAAUAGUUUCAACCCAUAAACCCUUGUGCAAACUGGAAUUGGAUUCAGACUCUGAAGAAAAGGGGCCCAACUUCUUAGAGAAAAGAGCUUUAAACAUAAAGGAGAACAAGGCCAUGCUUGCAAAACUAAUGGCAGAACUAGAAAAUGUCCCUGGGAUUUUUACUAGGAAAGGUCCACUGGCAACCCCUACGCUGAAACCACAACGGUCUCCAAGGAAAUCGUUUCCUAGAAGUGCUUUAAGAAGGAAUCCAGAAAGAAGUUCUAGACCUCACACAAGAUCCAGGUCCCUUAUUGAAGGUCCUCCAAGUCCUGCAUCUGAGAAAGAGGAGGAUGAUCCUUACGUCUUAGUAAGAAGGAAGAUGUCGGAUGACUUUUCUGAGGAUGAAAUGGACGCCCCCAGAAGGCGGCGUUCUGGUGCUAUGACUCUCCCUCAUAUUAUCCGUCCAGUGGAAGAAGUAACCACGGAAGAGUUAAAUAACAUAUGUGAGACUGUCAGAGAUAAAGUUUAUAACCGUGUGACGGGAUCCACUUGUCAUCAGUGUCGCCAGAAAACUACAGACACAAAGACAAACUGUCGUAACCCAGAAUGUUUAGGAGUACGUGGUCAGUUCUGUGGUCCUUGCCUUCGCAAUCGAUAUGGAGAAGAAGUCAGGACUGCUUUGUUGGAUCCGGACUGGUACUGCCCACCUUGCCGAGGGAUCUGCAACUGCAGUUUCUGCAGGCAGCGGGAAGGAAGGUGUGCUACAGGUGUGCUGGUUUACUUGGCCAAGUACCAUGGCUAUGACAAUGUACAUGCUUACUUGAAAAGUCUGAAACAAGAACUUGAAAUGCAAGAAUGAAGUCCAGGCACCAUUCUGCACACAUCAACUGUACUGAUGCUACAUUUAAUUGUCUGUCUGAUUUCAGGUUUUGAUUCUUGGGCAACUUAGAGCUUCUUUGUUUGUUUGGAAAGUGAAAGAGAAACCACUUUGCUAUUUGAUUGAAGUUCUAUAUUAUGGGGCAUGAAUUUGUAAUGCUGUUGGGUAGAAGUCUCCUUUCUCUUGUUUCAUGAUGGGCGCCACUAAAUUACGCUGGCUACCUGGAGGUGGUUGGUUGACACAUGUGCAUGGCCAUAACUGCAGCAAGGGCUGUAAUUUGCAGAAAAAAUAUAUUUACCAUCUGAGUCUACUUACAUCUCACCAUGCUUGCAUUUCUGGUGGCAGCUGGCAUGGAGAUUUUCCAUAACCUUCAGAGGACUUGCAUGGCCAGUUUGUAUUCUACAGUCUUUGCAUGAGGCUGUUACCAUACUAGCAUAGCAUAUCUGCUCUUAGUGCUCACUUUCAGUCCAAUACUUUUUUUUCCAUUUGGAAGGAAGGAGAUAUUUCAUUUGUGACUUAUACCUCAGCAUCAAUUCUGUGGUGAUACAAUCUCAAUGAACCAAACAAAUCUUUGCUUUUAAGGCUAUUUUAAGUGUUGGUAGCUUGGAGAAACAAUGUUUGCAAUCAAACUGAUUAAGCAGAAUGGUAAAUUCUAGAUUACUUGACAUAAGCAGUGAGUUGUGGCUAAAUUGGGGGCUGAGCCAGUUUAUAUCCAUAACUAUAAAGCCUAGUGUAGGAUUCAAAAGUUCCAGAUAGCAUUUAGUUACUUUUUAUCCAUCUCCAAAGACCUGAAAUACAUUUUAUACAGUGCUUGGAAUGGUAGAUGGUACAGACACUGAUGGCAAAGUUUAGCCUUGUUUUGUGAAAAGUUAGUGUUUUCAGAGUGUCUCAAAACAGUUUCCAUGUACUUCAUAUAUAAAAGAAAACUUAUACAAACCAAGCUUUUUGGCUAUUUACACAAGGGUUAAGCAUCAAAGUCCUACAUGCAACAGCAAGCCCCUUUACCCCUGCCCCCUCCCUCCUCAGGGUAUCGAGUAUGACAUGAAGCCCAGAGUGUAUAGGUUCCAGGGUGGAGACACAAUCCAUCUUUGUCCAUGCUACAUCGAGGUGCAUGGAUCACAUGCAGGGCUUACAAGCAUGCAAGACCUGGGUGGUACCCUUAUAUUUCACAUGUGGAAGCUGGAGACUUGCUUUUGCACACCUCUAUGCAAUGGCCAUACAUGUGGGAGCUGUGUGGACAACGGUGGCAAGUGGACAACGUUGACCUUGUUCACUGCUGCAGUUCAAUGAUAGGCAGAUCAAGUCUAUCAGCAGGUCAGGGAGAUACCUUUCCUGUAGUAACACCCUAAUGGUAUUCCAAAAUAACUCAUUAAGAAAAACAUGGUCUUUUGUCCCCACACAGGUGAGGGCUGUAAUUUUCCGUCAUGCAAAUUUACCUCAAGCAAGCAGCUGACCAGUAUUGUUUGCUUAUAAUCAAAAUGGUGUGCCGCAUAGAUGAAGGGGCUAUAAUACUUAAAGCGGUGGAAAGAGCAUUGCUAUAAGACUCACAUCAGUGGCUACAAACAUUAAUGUUGACUAUUGUACAAGAGGGUAUUUGAAUUCCUAAAUCAUCUUUGAGGAGUUAAUCAUUCUGGUGGCACGUUUAUAUGCAGCUUAUAUUUUUGUUUGAAUGCAAUAUCUUGUUACUGUUCAGCACUUGGGUUGUAUCCCCUAACCCUAGCAUACAAGUAAGGAAGCUUCUGCAAAGGAACUUCCCAACCCUGUCUUCCCCACAGGGAACCUUUUGGAGCACAGUGGAAUGUUGGAGAAAGAGGAGGAAUCAGUAAAAAUCCCCCCCCCCCCGGUGCACCAAUGGAAGUGCUUUGCAUUUUGUACCAAACCAACAUAGGAUACAGCUCAUUGUACAUAGUUUGUGGUACAUAACUCUGUAAAAUACAAUGGACAAUUGGGAAUCCCUCCAGGUUUCAAAUUGUACAUUUGCAAGAACAUUCUAAGCUAUUUUGCUUUGCCUCUAAAUGAUCAAUGUAGCUAUAUGUAUAUUCUGCCUUUUCAGCCUUUGUAGAUUAUCAGAUGCACACACACCUACUAGUUCAUAAUCAGUUUUUGGAAGAUGGGAUAUCUGUGUAAGUAUGCUUUCCCCUGCAUACUUCUGUCCCCUUCAGUUUACUUUUUUAAUUUGUUUUAUCGUAGUACAGGGUUGUAAUUUUAAGUAGUUUCAUAAAUACUGUAAACAGAUGUUGUGAAUUGAUGAAACUCUUAUAUAUGAUGUGGUAGCCUAAUAAAAACAACUUUGCCUAAAACAAA